UGAUCCUUUGCGUUUUGGUAUCCACAACAACAAACUCUUGAUUAGAAUCUCACUUGUUCUGUUUAGUUUCAACGGAAGAAGGCUUAGUUGUGUUGUCUUGCUAGUGUCGUCUGUCCAAACCAUUACAAUUUUUCCAUCAUGUCGUAUAUGGUACAGUCAACACGGGAUCCAUAUCCUUUUCCAAAACUUCAAAGCGAUGAAAAUUUCGUAGGCCCUCGUAACACACAGCAGGUCGGUAAUGACCAACCUACCCACAUUGCACAAAGAGAAGAUCCAUGGAAUAGACUGAACUCAAAAUGUACAUUAUCUAGCUCAAGAAGAGAAGUGUACCAUUAUGAUCCCAAGGCACCUAAAGAUAGUCUUGACUUUGUGUUGAAAACCAAGUAUGACCACCACGAUUCAUUUUUAGCUACAAAACCAGAGACACUAAUCCAACCUGAAACAGUUGGAGAAUCUCAUGGACGAGUUUUGAAAAAUAGAAGUAAAGAUGAAAGAAAAUCAUUUGACCCAGCAGAUCCAUCUGGGUACACCAACCAAGUUGUUGUCGAUCCAAAGAGAGAAACCAUUGACUGCUUCAAGGGUGCCAUUGACAGUCAUCAUAGUGCGGCCACCAAUCCAGGAUAUUCACGUAAACAUGAUGGUGGCUUCUAUACUACUUAAAAUGACAGUAUUUAGAAGCAGUGAGGGGGAGGGGGGUUGCUACAGGAUGUCAAUAUUUUAGUACAUUGAGCCAAUAAAGUAUUGUGAUUAUCAGGAAUAUGAAAUAGUGCUGUUUAUUUCUAGAAAAUGACUCAAAGUUUGACCUGUAUAUGAAUGCCAUUAUGAUGUGUUGACACAUUUAAAAGAAAUAUUGGUAUUUGUUGAAGUUUGAAAUCAUGUACAAACAAAAAGGUCAUAGGUCAUUCUGUUGAUAUCUUGCUUCCUAAUGUGUACCAUAUUGUAUUAUUAGUAAACAAAUUAAAUAGUGAAAUGUGCAUCUAUUGAAUAUUGCAUUUUAGUAUAUGAAGUAAAAUUGGUUUUGGGGUGUAACAUAGUUACAUCAUACUACUUGUACGUACUAUCAGAUACCGUCCUUUCUACAAUGUUGUCAAAUCUAUGCAUAUUUGAACACCGUCCACAAUUUAUGUACUUUAGAGAAAAGUGUGUAUUUUACUGAUUUUAUAUGUAUGGGAAGCGGUUUUGUAAAGUUUGUAAUACAGACCAUGCACACCUUUGUCCAUUCCAGUAUGGUAUGCAAUAAAAUUUGAAUCCAACACAGUA